AGAUGUGAUACCGGCUUUGCGCAUGCGCCACUGUGAUGCUGUCGGUUCACUUCUCGUGGGUGCUCCGUUCCCACCCAACCAGCGGAGAAGAAAAGAGCAGCAGUACGUCAGUGUUGGAGGUCUGUCCUGACUGAAGAGGAGACCCACUACACACACAAUCACAUCAUCAGCUUUUAAAUACACACACAUUCAUCAUAAUGGGAGGUGUAUGAUGACUGAAGCUGCAGGGCUAUGGCCAGCGAACCCCUCGAAGGCUUCCAUGAGGUCAACUUGGCGUCACCCACCACCCCUGACCUCCACGGAUUGACCUCCGACACCAGACCCCAAUGUCACAGCUCCCCUUCCAGCGCCCUGUACCGUACACCCUCCCUCAGCUCCAGCCCCUGCCCCCCCAACGCCCUGCGAGCCGACCAGCUGCCCACCCAGCCCAUCUACUCUGCCCCUAGGCUACUGGGCAGCACAGAACCCCACAAUGGAAGCGUUCUGGGGUUGGAACCCCCUGUCCGGUCAGAGGCGGAGUCAGCAGAAGGGGUGUUCCUGUCUGGAGAGGAAGGGGAGGAGUCUCCGAGUCUGACCAAUGACAGCCUGUCCCGCCUCCGCAGCCCCUCAGUCAUGGAGAUCAGAGAGAAAGCCAAUGAGAGACUGAAGGAGGAGCUAGCCAAGGCACAGAGGGAUGUUAAGUUGAAAGACGAGGAGUGUGAAAGGCUUUCUAAAGUCAGGGACCAACUGGGCCAGGAACUGGAGGAGCUCACUGCUAGCCUGUUUGAGGAAGCUCACAAGAUGGUGCGUGAGGCCAACAUCAAACAGUCGACGGCUGAGAAGCAGCUGAAGGAAGCUCUGAACAAGAUUGAUGUGCUCCAGGCAGAGGUGUCUGCCCUAAAGACCUUGGUCCUGUCCACGUCCCCCACCUCCCGUCACGACCUUCCUGGGGGCUCCAAGGCUCCCUUCAAGAAGGGUCAUGGCCGCAACAAGAGUACCAGCAGCGCCAUGCUGGGCAGCGGGCAGGAACUGAGCGGCACACAGCCCAUCGUACGAGACUGCAGAGAGCUGGACAGUCUCCUGUUUAGUGAGUUUAAGUUGUGGAAGGAGGAGCCCAGUCUGGAGAGGAACAGCUCCUUCCUGGAGAGAGUCUACAGAGAGGACAUCUACCCCUGUCUCACCUUCUCCAAGAGUGAG